UUGUGUUACAUUACUGCCAUCGACAAUCCGCUUUCGUUAUUGCGGAAAGAGCUGAAUGAUAACAUUACGUAUUUACGUCGGACUCUCGGGAACCGUGGUUCCACUGUCAAUUUUCCCCUCCCACUUGCCUUGAUGUAAUGACUCUGUUAAGUGCAGUAGAACUUUGCCUCCAUUCGGUCAUUACUUUUUGCAUGCGCUCAGAAGCAGCGUUACUUGAUGCAGUCUGCUCCAUAGAAACAUUUUCAAAACUUGUCGUCUGAAGAUGUUACAGACUUUAGGUCUAUUUUUCAGUGUUGGCAUUACUGUGCUUCUUGUGAUGAUAAAAUCAAAUGAUAUUCUGACACCUCUGCCUAUUGAUUGUGAGGACUUAUUUUCUGAAGGGAGCACAGCCACGCUGAGGUUAAUUUUGGUAGCACUGUGUGAUACUGUUUGCCUAGGUAUGGUCCACAUGGCCGAGCAUUGCGCUGACACUGGAGCUAAAUGGAGCCUUGACAUGGAAAUUUAAAUAUGCUAUUCCAGUACAGUAAAGGUUAAAAUAACUGAGGCUGCUAAUGGAAAUUGCCAGUCGUGAAGCCUCGUAGUGGCACUGGAGGCUGUGGAGAGAAUCUCAGAAUGUGAUGGAAAUGCCAGCCACAACCUUAAAACUGCGAUAUAAUGCUGUGGAUGAUAUGGAUGAAUAGGACUGUGGCCACAUUGUGCGUGGGACUAGUAGCAUUGCUGGGAGACCACGUGGUGGCACAGAAUUCCCUGCCGCGGGUUGUGCGAGCAGUAGCCGACAACUUCACCCAUGGUGCCGUCGGCCUACUCAGCUGGCACAUUGUCACAGUUCACUUGGCAGACCUCUCCGUCACUGCUCGCCUCUGGGAAGUUCUUUUAUGUGGACUGCUUGCCUCGGCAAUCGAUCUGGAUCACUUUGCCGCUGCUAGGUCUCUCAGGAUUGAGGAUGCCCUGCGCCUGUCUUCGCGUCCUUUCUUGCACUGCACGUCCGUCCCGCUGGCAGUCUCUGGAAUAAUGGUGAUGGUGGCGCAUAUCUUCUGCUGGCCGUCACUGCAUCGCUUAUCGUGGAUCUUUGUAGUUGCAAUCCUCAGCCAUCACUUGCGAGACGCGGCCCGCCGUGGGCUCUGGCUGUACCCAUUUGGCUCCAUCCCACCCAUCCCAAGUGCUGUCUACAUUGUGAGCUGCAUGUUGCUGCCACAUUUACUACCGUGGCUGGUGUGGAGAACUCGGGUGGUACCCCAGCCUGCCCCCAUGCACUCGGUGGUUGUGCUGUGAGGCUGGCCGAUACAGUGUAACAAGUGGUUCUGUAAUGGUAGAAUGGUUUUCGGCAUCCUCGUGUCUCCCAGGUUGGUUGCAUUGCUGGUACUGAAGUAUGGAAAUUAAAUAAUGUGUCCUGUAACUUUGGAAUCGCUGGCUGUAUUGGAAUUUUGAUGCGCAUGUUACGAGAUAUGCUCGCCGUUUCCACCGAUUCUGUAGACGCAAAGGAACGAUGUUGCGGAAUUGAUUGUGGUCUUGCUGCAAGCAGCGAAGAUUACCUCUGUAUGAUCCUUGACAUUGUACGGGUAGUCAGUGGCUGUUCUGGAUAACGGUGAACAUUUCUUCAACUUAACCUCCCCACAGCAGAAAUACUUGACACACGUUCGUCUUUACUUUGUGUUAUCAUUUUUAACUGGGUGAAAGAGGAAAUUAAUGGGGCGUUCCAUCUUUUGUAACAUUAAAGGCUGAAAUGACCCAUUUCUAUUGCAUUGCAAAUAGGUUGAUGUAAUAUAUUACAUUAAAUAUUAUGAUUGUAUUAAAUUGCAUGAAAUGAGGUUGAAGUACAUUAAUUUUGAAAUA